AUGGCAGUGGAAUCGCGGGUUCAGGACUUCCUGGACGACAAGCUGCAGUCUGCCGCCGACCUCGAAUCUAUCGACUCCCUACUGGAAAACGUCAAGGCUCAGCAAGAUCUCUUGAAGAAGCAGCUUCAUGAUGCCAGACGAGAACACGACCAAGCCGCCGAGGCCGCCAGAAAGCACACAGAGUCGAUCAAGAGCAAGGCCGAAGGAUUUCAGACAGAGCAGGAGGACAUCGACCGCAGACUUCUCAUUGUCACGCAGUCCGAUACCAGCGAUGAGGCGGUACAAAAGUUCGAUGCCAGCAUGGCGAGACUGCGCAAGUUGGACGUUACGGCUGGCUACGUUGAGCUCUUGAAGGAGGUGGAUGCACUGCGAUCAGACUGCACAUCCAAGCUGGGCAAAGACGAUGAUGCUGCGUUGGAACCAUACAAGCGGCUGCAGCACCUAGUCUCUGGCUUGACUUCUCUGCAAGAAGCAGCGGAGGGAGCAGCGCCGCACUUGGUGGAUCAUGUUGCGGCUUCCGUGCAAGACCUACGGGAGAACAUCCAGAAAUCAUUCUCGGACAACCUCGAAGCGACGUUGAAGAACAUGAACUGGCCCAAGUCUACUGAUCGGGUAGCCUUGGCGCUGGAGAAAGAGUGGGCUACCAAUGUUGGGCGGCUGCUGGACUUGCAAAAGCAGGAGCUGGAGGAUCGCGAACACGUCCCAAACCGUUCGCCUGAUGAAGACCCUCCGGCCUUGCUUCCAUUCGAGGUGCUUGCGCGUCCACUCGAACAACGAUUCACAUACCACUUCUCGGGCAACAAACCUACCAACCGCCUCGACAAGCCCGAAUACUUCCUCUCCCACACCACCGAUCUCAUCGCUAACUAUUCCGACUUCGUUCAGGACAACUUGCAACCAAUUCUACUCCGCCACUUCCGCCGAUCAGACCUUGCAUUCACGCCAGCCUAUAUCGAUGCGAUUUCGGCUUUCAUCACUGCUCUCAUCCCAAUGGUGAAGAACAAGGUCUCCAGCGUUGCACGUCAAGUGUCAAGCCAGCCCUCGCUGCUCAGCCAUCUGGUCCAAGAAGUCAUCCAGUUCGACACAACCAUCAAAGACUCCUAUUCUUACACGCCCAUAUCACCAUCACUGGAGUGGCGGGGUCUGUCUUACUUCUUGCUCGAUACAUGUGGCUGGUUCAGAGACUGGCUGUCGGCUGAAAGAGACUUCGCACUGCAGCGAUACCACGCUAUCGUCGAGACCCAGGAGUCUGGUGAGCUGGACUUUGAUGCAGUCUCAGCAGAAGCCUCCAAACCCACCAAGGCGGCGAUACGGGUCAAUGAUCUGCUGGAAACCAUUACUGAACGGUACCGUCACCUUGCGAGCUUCAGCCAGAAGAUUCGCUUCCUCAUCGACAUCCAAAUCGAGAUCUUCGACAUGUACUUUAAGCGGCUGCAGUCGGGUCUUGAUGCUUACAUCACUUUGACCUCUACUGUCGGUCGCACGAUGCAUGGGAUGUCAAAGGACGAGCAAGCUAAGGUCCAAGGUGUAAAUGGCCUUGACAGACUUUGCCGCAUCUUUGGCUCUGCUGAAUACCUUGAGCGUGCCAUGCGAGAUUGGAAUGAUGAUGUGUUCUUUCUGGAGCUUUGGGCGGAGCUUGACUAUCGGUCAAAGAACAGCCACCAAGCGAACCAGACUCUGGGCAGUUGGCAGGAAGUAUUGCAGAAGACCAGCUCUGCGCUGGGCAGCGAAACGGACAGCGGACUGGAGGGCGCUCUUUUUGACGAAACAGCGAGCAGCUACCGCAGAGUCCGUGUGCGGAGCGAGAAUGUGCUUGUCGAGACCGUCGUCUAUGACCUUCGGCAAGCUCUGAAGCCAUAUGGAUCCGUCGCUACAUGGUCCUCACUGUCUUCCAACGCCGCGGGCAGCUCUGUGACAUCAGAACUUGAUCCGACUUUGAACUUGCUGAAAGAAUACUUCGGCUUCUUGCGCAGAGCUGUUGGCAAGGCACCACUGCGAAGAGUCAGUCGACAAGUCUGUCACCUCAUCCAGAAUUUCGUUUGGGACAACGUCCUGACACGAGCGUCUUUCUCCACUGCCGGUGCAACGCAGCUAACAACAGACAUGCGGGCUGUCUGCUCCACCAUCGACCGUUUCGUGGCGCCAGGCCAGGCACAAAUAGGUAUGCGAAAACUGCUGGAGGGUAUCACUCUGCUCAGUCUUCCAGUUCGUGGGGAGAUCGAAAGAGUUCGGCCAGGAAGCUCCGGUGCUGACGAUGAUGAGGCCUCGGCCUGGGAAGAGUCUAAUGAUGCAAACUCAGCGACCGAGGAUGAUAGAAAGAUGAGUCUGUUCCAAGUCGAAAGGCUUGUGUUUCAAGAUAAUGAGAGUGCACGACAUGCACUCGAGCAGUUGGGCCUUGAGACUCUCGGUGAAGCCGAUGCCAGGGCUGUGUUGGGGAAGAGAGUAGAGCUUUCGAGCUGA